AUGAGAUUUUAUCUGGCUAAGACACUAUUUGCAAGAUGUGGGAACACGGAACCAUCGUCGGUUGUGUGCAGUGUAUUAUAGUCGUACCCCCGGGUUUGAAGUGAUCCAUGGACUACUGGACCGUGUCAUGCAGCUGCUGGAGGUGUCCUACAUCAAAGAUGGCAGUGGAUACUUCCUCAAGGCAGCUGAAGACUCUACCUAUUUCCCGGGCCAUUGUGCAGAGGUGUGUGUACGUGGGAAGGUGAUCGGGAAACUGGGUGUGCUCCAUCCUGGUGUGUCUGUUGUGCAGCUCUAGUGUGUGUGAGACAGGGAGGUGUGUCUGGUGCAGCUGUUCUAACGGCCUCCUCCAACCAGUACCUGCCUUCCGUACUCUCCAGGGAGAACCUAUCUCCUCAGGGUCUCCAUGGUGACAUGGUGCUGAUGGCGGGCGUCAAUACUGGUACUGUCAAGGUCAAGGUCCGUCUGAUGGAAAGGGGGUGGAGCCUAAACCAAGUGCUGGAAUACACGUCGUCCCUCCUCAUCACCUUGGUUUCUCCAUCGUCCCCGGCAACAACUGGAUGUUGGAGGUGGGUAGAGACUAUGCCAUCACUGUGAAUGUGUUUGACAAAAUGAACCACAAGAUUAUCAUCACUGAGAACGUCCCCCUCUCUACGGAGCUGCCCUCCCUCUAUCUGGAGUCUCACUUCUCAUCACUCAACUCCUCCUAUCAUUACGUCAGGGCUCUCAAAAAGGGAGUGGCCACCAUGCACUCCACCCUCAGCAAACUAAAGCACCCAGACACUGGUGAGGUUCAUGACCUCCCGACCCUCAUAACCAAGCACCAGGUGGUGGAGAUCAACGACCCAGUGCAAGUGACCCCCAAACACCUCGUCAUUCUCUGGGACCCCCAAACAGAGUUCAAAUACCAGCACCAAUUGAAUUCUCGUGCAUGGACAAAGAUGAUGUGUGCAGUUUUGGAGUGCUUGCUUGUGAAGUGGUGAAUGCCAGAUAUCCUGAAGCUGCUGUAUUUCUUGGUCUGCUAUCGAGUAUGGAAGGUGUAAGGAGGGAGCUCCACCCACUCAUCACCUCCUGUGUCUCUCACUCCCCUCAGGAUAGACCCUCCAUGGACACUGUGCUACACCACAUCAAACAAUUGGACUCUGAGUCUUAGCAUUGGUGCAUGAGUGUGUUAUUAUUAAUUUGU